AUGGGACAAAAUUUAUCUAAAGAGGAAGAAAGUGUUUUGUCUACAUGGAAAGUUUUGUUAAGAAAUAAGGGAAUUAAUACGUCAGACUAUGCGCUUCGUAAUAUAUUGCUGUGGGCUAAAUCACAGAAUUUUGGCACUGAUCCCGACACAGCAUUUAGUGUUAAGGCAUGGAAGAAAGUCGGGGACAGACUGAGUCAAGUUAUUCGAGCGGGAGAUAAAACAGCUGUUGAUUUAGCAGUAACCUGGAACUCGCUCUUUGAGGCUUUAAAAGAAUGGAAAGUAGAGAGAGAAACGGAGCAAGAUGCGGACGAAGAGUCGGGGCUGAUAACAGAACCUGACGGGGGGGCUGAGGCAGAGGGGGCCUCUGAGGUAGAAGGGGGCUCUGAUGGGGAACUUGGUGAAGAAAGUUCGGGCGCCAUGGGAGUUACCUGGCACGCUGCCAAAGCUUCUGGGAAAGCUGCCAAAGCUUCUGGGAAAGCUGCCAAGGCUUCUGGGAAAGCUGCCAAAACUUCUGGGCAACCUGCCCUAGCCUCUUCUUAUCAGACCCCUAAGCCUCCUUAUCUCACACCUGCGCAGCAGCUCGCGAUGGUGCCUGUAUAUACUACACCGCUACGCCAGUUAGCUGAAAUGUCUCUAGCAGAGAGAAAAACCCAGCCAUCUGCCCCCCCGCUUCCCUCCUCUCUGGUCCAGCCGUCCGCCCCCCCGCUCCCCUCUGAGAUGCUUGGACAACCUGCAAGGAUGUAUCCUCCUUUACCUGACAGUGACAGCAACAGUGAGUCAAGUGAUGAGUCUCCCGCAGUAACACCUGUGUUGGGGCAAGGAGCUCUGGUCCCUUCAUCUUCUAAGAGCUCUAGCCUUACUGCCCCAUGGACUUUGCCUCCAUGCCAAGUCACUGUGCUUCCUCGACACCCUCAGGAGUUUUGGGAAUUUGUUAGGAGGAAAGCAGUUGAAGAAAAGAAUUGGGACAUCAUAGAAAGGUUAGGUGCUCCAAGAGUACCUCAGGAGAACAGUGCCAAUGCAAAUGUUGCUUGUGAUAACCCUAUGGCUUUUCCAGUUUUCAAAGCAGCUCCUGGAGCAGGACAGAAUGACAGUCAUCACAUCUUCGCCUGGAGGGUUGUGCAAGACCUCCAAUCAAAAGUAGCUCAGUAUGGUAUUAAUUCCUCAGAGGUAAUGCAGUUAAUACGUGUGAUUAAUGCAGAUUUGCUUGCACCUUAUGAUAUCACUCCUCUUGCUACAAUUUUAUUUCAGCCAGUACAAUAUGGUGUAUUUCAAGAAACUUGGAGGCGAGUGGCUGAGCGCACGGCUUUAACAAAUAUGCAGUUGCCUCAACACGACCCUCGUCAUGCUGUGGGUGUUGAUGCCCUCCUGGGCUCUGGGCCUUUUGCUAAUCCAGAUUUACAGGCAAGGUGGGAUCCUUCGAUUUUGGCACAAGCUCAGCAAAUUGGCAUGAAUGCCUUAACUAAAACAAUGGAAAUGGCAGCUCCAAAGCAGAAAUAUGUUACUAUACAACAAGGGACGAGAGAACCAUUUUUGCAGUUUGCAGAAAAACUUGCUGCCGCUAUUGAGAAACAGGUAGAUGAUGAAACUUUGCGAGAGAAAUUGUGUGUACAAUUGGCUAAAGAAAAUGCAAACCCAGACUGCAGAAAGAUUAUUGACACUUUGCCUGGGGAACCCACCUUGUCUGAAAUGGUUACUGCUUGCUCGAAAGUUGGUUCAGUUGAACAUAAAAUGGCAGCUCUUGCUGCAGUGUUAAGACCUUCAGCAAAGUGUUAUAAUUGUGGACAACAAGGGCACGUAAAGUCACAGUGUACUGUCCGGAAAACAACAUUUAGGCCAAGUGCAAGCAGUGAUGUUGUAUGCAACCGUUGUGCUAAAUCUGGGCACUAUGCUAAGCAAUGCAGGAGCAAAUAUCAUGCAAAUGGUCAGCUAUUGCCGGGAAACCCAAAGAGGAGCGCGAAGGGGCGCGUGGGGAAACAAAUACCCCAACAACCACAACAGCAAAUGCGGGUCUUCCCAGCCCUGCAAAGCUACCCAUUUGCGAACAAUUCUCAGGGGCAACAAGCGGGUCCGCAGGGAUUGAUAUACCCACCGCUGACACAGUAA